AUGGCAUUUGUGAGUGCAGUUACUGGUGAUGACUCCACGAAAAAAUUCAUGGAUGUCUUGCAAAAUGACUUCAAAACACUCAGCUUGGAAACCAAGAAAAAAUAUCCUCAGAUUAGGGAGGCUUGCGAUGAAGCUAUAGAAAAGCUGUCUUUGGCUGCCAAUAAUCCUCAAGCUUCCCUAUAUGGGGUUGUGAAUCAAAUCCUAUAUCCUUUAGUACAGGGAUGUGAGUCCAAAGAUGUUAAAAUAAUCAAGUUUUGUUUGGGCACUGUUCAGCGUCUAAUAGCCCAACAGGGCAUUGAUGCUAAAGGUGCUAGGCACAUAGUGGACUGUUUGUUCAAUUUGGGCCAGGCAAAUAUGCUUGAACUAAAAUUGCUGCAAACAGCUGCUUUAUUGAUGACCACAUCCGAUUUGGUGCAUGGAGAUACAUUAGCAAGAACUAUGGUAUUGUGCAUGAGAAUGGUAACUUCCAGUGAGAGCCGUGAUGUUAGCACAAGCCAUGCAGCAGCCGCUACUGUGAGACAACUUGUUGCUUUGGUCUUUGAAAGAGCUCUCGCUGAGGCAGAUGGUACUCUCAAAGUUAAUCCAGCCGAUGUUAGAAUUCAGACUAAUCAAAAAGCCCCAAAGGACCUUAAGCCUUGUGCUGUAGAUGCGUACCUUAUUUUACAAGAUAUAAUACAGUUGAUUAACGGUGAUGCUGCAAAUUGGCUCUCAGGUAUCUCCGAUGUUCCCAAAACAUUUGGAUUGGAGUUAUUAGACACUGUACUUACAGAUUUUUCAGCAGUAUUCUUUAAGAUAACUGAAUUUAGAUUCUUAUUAAAGGAGCAUGUUUGCGCGUUAAUCAUACGUCUUUUUUCACCCAACGUGAAAUACAGAGCGGCGUUUACAGCCCCCCAUAUUCCAGGAGGUGUUAAUGCAAGUGGUAGUCCUGCUGCACCAGAUCGACCUCAUUUCCCUGUCACAAUGAGACUACUUCGACUUGUUUCUAUCAUACUGCAUAAGUACCACGAUCUCUUGGUUACCGAGUGCGAAAUAUUUCUCUCUCUAACAAUCAAAUUUCUUGAUCCCGACAAACCGUUAUGGCAACGAGCGCUUGCCCUCGAAGUGCUGCAUAAGAUGACCAUACAACCAGAUCUUCUGAAAUCGUUCUGUGAAUGCUACGACAUGCGGCCACAUGCCACAAAUAUCUUUCAGGACAUAGUGAAUGCCCUUGGUGCUUAUGUACAAAGUCUUUUUGUUGCGGCCAAUGUUAAUACGCAACCAGGCUCAACCGGUGUACCACAACAGGCCGGCUUCUACUGGAAAGGAGUAUGGCUACCACUUUGCGUCACUUUUGAACCUGGCACAGCAAAAUCUAUUUAUAUUGAGAUGCUGGACCGAACAGAGGCUCCGACUAUACAGGAGGGGUAUGGCAUUUCAGUCGCGUACGCCUGUCUUAUAGAAAUCAUACGAUCUAUAGCUAUAAGCGUGGAAGGAGACGAGUAUUAUAGGUUACAAGAACUAUAUGAUGACACGCAAAACGACAAUGAUGACAAAGAAGUCAACUCUAAUACCAAGGCUAUUAGCAAUAAAGAGUCAGAUCAAACUAAGACUGAUACCAAAGAAAUAAUAAACAACGGUCACAGUGAGGAUCAGAACUCGAAUCUUGUCCAGAAGGACUCGGAGGCUGAUGAUAAGGAUCGUCAGUUAAGCUUACAGCUGAUAAAAUCGUCGUGGUGCGGGCUGGUAUGGGGGCUCUCGGUACUUGCGGAAGCCAGCAUCGGGGAACUAGAAAAUAUCUUACGUGCCAUACAGACUCUUGCUAGAGUUAGUGGAAAGAUUGGUGUCACGAACGCCCGUGACGCGUGUAUAGGUGCGCUGUGCCGUUGUGCACUUCCAGCACAAUACUGCGUGCCUGUACUCGGUGCGUUGGCGGCACUCGCUUGCCCCUGGCCAGCAGCCCGAGCAGCACCGGCCCCUCAGGCAGAUUUAAGGCACCACGUUGUCUGGGUCGGUACACCGUUGCCGUGUGCACAACCUCCUGGCCAGCAGCAAUCUUUCGUGAUGGUGACGUCACGACACGUGACAGCGAUGCGUGCGUUGCUGCAAGCGGCGCGGAGGGACGGUGACACGAUGCAGCAGGCCUGGCUCCCAGUGCUUACUACUUUGCAGCAUUUGGUUUGGAUCUUAGGCCUAAAGCCAUCGACUGGUGGCAGCAUGAAGGCCAGCCGCGCAAGCGCAGACGCGAACGCAGUUAUGAGCACCUCCGCUGUCAUGGCCGACUUACCUGGUCAGCAAGUUCCCGUGGCGGAUUCCCUUGGAGUAAUGAGCGGUAUUGAUAUCUCUCUUUCGGCAAUGUUAUCCCGUGUCUUUGAGGCGUCCAGAAACUUGGAUGAUGUGGCACUACACCACUUAAUAGAUGCUCUAUGUAAGCUAUCCAACGAAGCUAUGGAGUUAGCUUAUUCAAACAGGGAACCGUCAUUAUUCGCUGUUGCGAAGCUAUUGGAAACCGGUCUGGCGAACAUGCAUCGGAUUGAAGUUAUGUGGAGGCCUAUCACAAACCACCUUCUUGAAGUCUGUCAACAUCCCCACAUCCGCAUGAGGGAAUGGGGUGUCGAGGCUAUCACGUAUCUAGUGCAAGCAGCUUUUCAAUACCAUCACAAUAAUCCCACAUUAGUCACCGAGGCUCGUGAGCGACUCAUCCUCGAACCAUUAGCGGAGCUAUGUAAUGUACGACACUGUGACGUGCGCGCGCGGCAGCUUGAGUGUGCGGCUCGACUGUUGCACUCUAGGGGGGAGCAGCUUGGCGCUGCAUGGCCGCUGAUGAUGGAAAUUAUUUCGGCUAUAUGUGAUCAGCACAGUGAGCAACUAGUCCGCUCGGCGUUUCAGUGUGCACAGCUAGUGGCUGGUGAUCUGUUAGGCUGUGCUGGGCCGCGGUGUCUACGACGUGUGUUGGCAGCGGCUGCAGCAUUCGCCAGGCAAACCAAGGAGCUUAACAUAAGUUUAACGGCUGUUGGACUCAUGUGGAACAUAUCGGAUUAUCUAUACCAUAAACGGGAUAAACUGUCGGUGUCGUUGGCGAAUGAAGCGGCAGCUUGCCCAGAAUACCCGGAUUUACCGCCUCUGGAUAGACUGUGGAUGUGCCUUUACGUCAGGCUGAGUGAAUUAUGUACAGAACCGCGUGCUCCUGUCAGACGCGCGGCAAGUCAGACGCUUUUCAGUUGUAUAGGGGCGCACGGAACCCUACUAAGUAAACCUGCGUGGUGGGCUCUGCUUAAUAUACUCUUCCCUAUGUUGCAGCAGGUUCAAAAGCAAUCAAACAUAGCGAGUUCAGAAAAGGUUGACACUGGCGAACAUAUACUUAUACAUCACACAAGGAACACUGCGCAGAAGCAGUGGGCGGAGACACAGGUGCUAACAUUGUCUGGUGUGUCGCGAGUCUUCCAUUCCCGAUUCCAGCUCCUCAUCACAGUUGGAGACUUCAACAGGUCCUGGACGGCAUUGCUCGAUUUCAUUGUUGACUUUUCACUACGGAAGAGUCAUGAGGUCUCAGUUGCAGCGUUAAAAUCAUUCCAAGAAGUAGUAACAGCUGCAGGAAGGGUAGAAAGCGAUAGUGUGGCGACACAAAAGCGGAUAUGGUCCGCUGCUUGGUCUGCUUGGACUAAUGUUGCAUCUAAUUUGCAUACCGACACCGCUCCUAGAACAGCCCCAGAAGACGCCAAACCAGCAGAGGCAUAUUCUCCUUCGUUAAACUUCCUGACAACUUUGGUGCAAAUAUUUCCGUUGAUCUUCCAACAUAUAAGACCUACGUUUACACCAAAAGACGUUGAACAACUUGGGCAGUGCUUGUGUAAGAUUUGUAGCGUUGAGCCGUCCGCUUCCCUUCUGGAUGGCAUUGGAAGUGGAACACCAGCUAGUCUCCACGCUUUACAUUGUCUGGAUACUGUACAUAAGGAAGCCUUAGUCCGUCACGAGCUUCUCCCGGCAAUGUUCUCGGCGCUGACAUCAUUAGCUGAAGUUGUAAGCUCUCAGCCGACAGCCAGUGCGCGCUGUCUAUCAGCUGCUGCUGGUUUAUACCGCGCUGCGCCAGCUCCCAGUGCGCAUAUCUUGCCGCACUUGUUACAGGCUCUUCACACAGCCGUGAAGAAAUGCAGCCCGGACAAACGUCGCCGUAAUAGCGAACGCGAGAGAGAUCAACCGGACGAAACUACGCAGAUAGCCACUUUGCUGUUGCAGGUCCUAGCCACUGGGUUACCCCUGGCGAGGGAAAAGCCCGAUGACUACAAGGAGUUCUGGGAGACACUACCCACUGUUUUGGAGACCUUUAUGUUCGAGCCUCCGGUGGGCGGUAGCAGACAAGCGCGAGAGGUAGUUAGUGUGGUACGUAGAGAAGUCCUAGGAGCGACGCCGCGUGCGCCGGCGCAGGCCGCUCGCCGCGCCUUACAUCUUGUGCGAGCCGGAUCUCUUCAUACACAUGCCCAUAACACAGCAAAAAACGAGCAAGAAUUACGCGAGAGAGAGGAGUUUGCGCGUGCGUGUUUCGAGACGUUAUUGCAGUUUUCGAUGUUGGAAGAUGUAGACUCUAUUGCAGGGGAUGAAGAAGAUGCAGAUCCACUGGCCAUAAUGCCGUUACUAGACAGAUUUCAAGAAGUCAUCUCUAAGUAUAGUUCAGAGGAUGAAACGGAACCACUCACGAGGCAUCAACUAUCUGAGAUUUCGUUCGUGCUGAAGGCGAUAGCAACGCUCACAGAUGCGAUGAAGCGAGCACCCCCCGGCAAAGUGGACGCGACGGCUUGGCAUAAGUUAAUAGGCAUAUAUCCGUUGAUCGUUGGCCUAGCUGCAGGUGGGCGUGUCAGCGGUGUGGGCGGGGCGGGCGGCGCGAUCCGAGAGGCGCUACUCCAAUUCGGGGGGCUCCUCGCUGCACCCCUCUAG